GUUUUGUUUUGAAGAUCACUUUGAACGGAACGAAAAACAGUUCGCUGGAAUUUCAACGAUAUUCUCUCUUUAUUUUUCCACUGUCUCAGUAUCUGUGAACCGCCUCGUCCAUAUAUGAUUAAUUCCCAAAGUUGUACUUAAUACAUAAAUAAAUAUAAUUAAAUAAGAAAAUUAUAACAAAGAGAGAGAGAGAGAGAGGAGGAGGAAUUCAACCGCAAAAAAUAACAAAUAAAUAAAUUAAGUGAAGGCAUUGCAGAAGGAAACGAUACCUAUCAAUAACAUCAAUGUCAAGUGCCAGUGCCUGGAACGACUUUAUUUUGUUAUUUCAAAUCCGGGGUCAUAGAAUUUCGUAUUGAAAACGGUCGAAUCAACGAAUCGUUGACUGAUUAACAGCUACAAUUCCUCUAAUAAGCGUAAAACGAACGGCAAAAUAAAAACAAUCAAACAAACACGAAAAACACACACAAAACGGAAUUUAGCAAAACACGUUUAUUGUUUUUUUGUUUUCAAGAGAAAAACGUUUAAAUAAAAAAACAUAAAAUAAGAAAAUAUAAUAUAUAUAUAUAUAGAGAAGCAGCAAGCCAGUUACCAGUUCCCACUUCCCUCUUUAAAGCCAAAUAUGAGCAAAAGCCCCACACACACGCACACACUCAGCUAACAAACUAAAGUAACUCAAGCUGCCGUGACCGAAACUCAAGACAGACACUCUUAGCCAACAUGGAGCGUUCACACAGUUGCAGCAAUUUCGAGGCCAAGUCAGUUGAAGCGGCAUCAGCAGCAGCAGCAGCCGCAACCUCGUCUCUGAGUUCCACAGUUCCCAUUAAGGGCCAGACUCUGGCCGGCAGCACGGACAACUUGCAGUCAAUGGAAGUGCAUUUUCCCCCCACAAAACCAUUGCGUAAGCGCAAAAGGUUACAACGCCAACAAUUGGCCAUUGAAGUGGACGAUGACUAUGACAUCGGUGAUGAUGAUCACGUUGUCGGCCAGAGGAAAAGUGAAUGCGAGUGCCUGGCCUAUGCUGGCGAUGUCGAAGAGGAAGAUGAGGAAGAGCUAGAUGCCUCAGAGAUGGAGAAUGCCUUUACCCAUGCCCGUUGUGCCCAUGUCUUGCCACAGCAGAGUCAGAAUGUUAUCUUGGCUCUGCAACGACACAUAUCCCGACGUUGUCUACGUCAUGAAGAGUCCUUUGAUUCCUGCCGCAGUAGUAGCACAGCUCCCGAACUGAGUCCACAGGCUUUGCGACAACAUCGUUUUAGUAGCCUCUUACUCAGAGAUUCCUCCACAUCAGUACAAUCGGAUUCCAGCCGCUACUCCAGUGUCGACAGUCUGUUGGAGUCACGCAAACCAGAUCCCGAGGCCAUUCUAAUUAAUUUGGGCUUUGGCCCUGCUGUUGGCUCGGAGGAUAUGCUUUCCCGUAUUCCAAAACGUUUUCUCAAACCCUCUCAAGUGCCGGGCAUCGAUACGGAGGCAUUUGUCAAGAGGCUUACGGUGGCCAGCUCCCUGGCGGAUUCCAGUGUUCUGGGCUAUCGUGGUCUUACAGGCAAUCCGGAUCAACCGCCCUCAUCGAUUGUGGCCAAAAUUAUGGAGCGUUUCGAGGUCAAUAAUCAGCGUAAACAGUCCAUGGGUUCCAUUGGCCAGACAAUACGCUGACAAAGAUUAUUAUCUAUAUUUUUUUAGUUAGUUUUAAAUUUUGUUGAUUAUAUUAAAUUUUUUGUGAUGUUGAUCUUGUCCAUUAGAUGUUAGUUAUGCCGCGUACUUAGCAAACUGUUUACUCUUUUAUAUAUAUAUGUACUUGUAUUUGAACUAUUGUGAACUCUAUUUAUUUAAGCAUUAAAGAGCCUAAGUCCAUUUGGAACUAUGAAAAUUUA